GUGGGGGGGGGGUCACGGGCUGAGGCCGGGCAGCUCGUGACGCGUGUGGUGCCAGCCAUGGCCGAGUACCGCAGCCUCCUGGAGGAGCUGGCCCAGAACAUCACGGCCGAGGACCUGGAGCAGCUGAAGUCGGCCUGCAAGGAGGACAUCCCCAGCGAGGAGAGCGAGGCCAUCGCCACCAGCCACCACUGGUUCGCCUUCCUGGAGAAGCACAGCAAGCUGGACAGAGACAACCUGUCGUACAUCGAGCACAUCUUCGAGAUCUCGCGCCGCCCCGACCUGCUGACCAUGGUGGUGCAGUACCGCACCCAGGUCCUCAAGAUCUCCGAGGAGGACGAGGUGGACACCAAGCUCACCCGCAUCCCCAGCGCCAAGAAGUACAAGGACAUCAUCCGACAGCCCUCUGAAGAGGAGAUCAUCAAACUGGCCCCCCCACCCAAGAAAGCCUGAGGGGGGGGGGCGAGGAGCAGGAGGAGGAGGAGGAGAGGAAGGCUGUGCCCCCCCCCCCCGCCCCCCCCCCCC